CGAACUCUAUAUAUAGGCGGCCAAGGACUAGAGUACUCAGAAACAGGGGGAAAAAAUAGGCCCUUUUCCCAUCCAUCAAUGUCGAGCUCCAUGGAGAAGAUAACUGAUAAUCACAAGGAAGAGAGGUUCAAUUCCCUUCAUGGUGAUGAGGACGAGCCAGUUCCUAACUACAGAGGCAUCAAGGCUAUGCCUUAUAUCAUCGGAAAUGAGACAUUUGAGAAGCUUGGGACGGUUGGUUCGGCGACGAACCUGGUAGUGUACCUGACGACGGUUUUCAACAUGAAGAGUGUCACGGCUGCCACUCUUAUUAACGUCUUCAAUGGCACCUGCAACUUGGCUACUCUUGUUGGAGCUUUCCUCUGUGAUGCAUAUUUUGGCAGAUACAAGUGCUUGGGCUUUGCCUCUGUUUGCUCCUUAUUGGGCAUGCUAAUUCUAAUGCUAACCGCGGCAAUCCCAAACGCACACCCACCUCACUGCGCCGCAACAACUUGCUCUCCGCCAACACCCUGGCAGUUCACCUUCCUACUAGCUUCCUUCCUCUGCCUAGUCAUCGGCGCCGGCGGGAUCCGGCCAUGCAACCUGUCCUUCGGGGCCGACCAGUUCGACCCGAGAUCCGAAUCCGGUAAGAGAGGGACUUCUAGCUUCUUCAAUUGGUACUACUGCACCUAUGCCGCCGCCGUGAUGGUAUCUGUUACAGGGAUUGUCUACGUUCAGUCAAACAUCAGCUGGUCGAUAGGGCUGGCCAUUCCUGCUUUCCUAAUGUUCAUAUCUUGUGCCCUCUUCUUUUGGGGUACUAGAAUUUAUGUUAUUGUUAAGCCACAGGGGAGCCCGUUGACGAGUGUAGCGCAAGUGCUUGUUGCUGCUUUAAGGAAGAGGUCUCUGGAGUUGCCUGAAGAUAGUGGGGCUCUGCUUUUUGACUAUCAUCCUCCUAAAUCGAUUAACUCCAGGCUGCCUCGUACAUCCCAGUUCAGGUGUCUGGAUAAAGCUGUAAUCAUCACAGACAGUGACAAGAUCAACCCAAAUGGCUCGCCCAACAAACCAUGGAGACUCUGCAGCAUGCAACAAGUUGAAGAAGUGAAGUGCAUAGUCCGAAUCCUCCCCAUAUGGGCAUCCACCAUAAUCUUCAACGUUCCUCUCUUGCAACAACAAACCUAUGCAGUCUUCCAAGCCCUUCAAUCUGACAGACAACUCGGCCAUUUCCAAAUCCCCGCAGCGACAUACGUCCUCUUCACCAUGGUAACCCUAACCAUAUGGAUCCCAAUCUACGACCGCAUCUUGGUCCCUUACCUCGAGAAAAUAACCCACCACAAAGAAGGUGGUGGUGGGUUGACCCUUCUCCAAAGGAUGGGGAUUGGGAUGGUGCUAGCCAUCGCGUGUGCCCUGGUUUCGGGCGUGGUCGAAGUGGAGAGGAAGCACAUGGCUCGUGGAGAAGUCUCCACCAUGUCGAGCAUGUGGUUAAUCCCACAACUGGUGCUGGCAGGACUAGCCGAGGCAUUUGGCUACAUUGCGCAGAUCGAGUUUUACUACAAGCAGUUUCCAGAGAACAUGAGCAGCAUCGCACAGUCGUUUUUCUUCGUUGCAUAUGCUUUGUCGAACUAUUUGAGUGGGUUUUUGGUUUAUGUUGUGCAUAAGGUAAGUGAAGGGAGUGAAGGUGGGGACUGGUUGGCGGAUGAUUUGAAUAAGGGGAAGCUAGAUUGGUUUUAUUUUGUGAUUGGUGGGUUGGGAGUGGUGAAUUUUAUGUAUUUCUUGGUGUGUGCGAGGUGGUAUACUUAUAAGGGUGAUUUGAAGAGGUUAGGCGUGGAGGAGACCAGAAACAGGAAGAAAGAGGAUGAGGAGGAGUUCUCAAAUGGUCAUCACCACAAAGAAGGUCAUGAAAACGAAGAAGAUGGCGAGGAGCCAGCAGUCAACUACAGAGGAAUUAAGGCUAUGCCUUACAUCAUUGGGAACGAGACGUUCGAGAAGCUGGGGACGGUGGGGUCGGCGUCGAACCUGAUAGUGUACUUAACGUCCGUCUUCAACAUGAGCAGCGUCUCCGCCACCACGCUCAUCAACGUCUUCAACGGCACCUGCAACUUGGCCACUCUCGUCGGCGCUUUCCUCUGCGACACUUACUUCGGCCGAUACAACUGCCUAGCCUUCGCCUCCGUUUCCUCCGUCUUGGGAAUGCUAGUACUAAUGCUAACCGCCGCAAUCCCCGUCCUCCACCCACCAAAAUGCGUCCCCGGCCAACCAUGCUCCAAGCCAACCGCCGGCCAGUUCACGUUCCUAAUAAGCUCCUUCAUAUUCCUAGUCAUCGGCGCCGGCGGCAUCCGCCCAUGCAACCUAACCUUCGGAGCCGACCAAUUCAACCCGAAAACCGAAUCGGGCCGAAAGGGAACCAACAGCUUCUUCAACUGGUACUACUUCACCUACACCUUCGCCGUCAUGGUCUCCGUCACGGGGAUCGUCUACGUCCAGUCCGACGUCAGCUGGGCCAUCGGCCUCGGAAUCCCAGCCUUCCUCAUGUUCCUCUCGUGCGCGGUCUUCUUCUGGGGCACGAAAAUGUACGUCAUCGUCAAACCUCAGGGCAGCCCGUUGACCAGCGUGGCUCAGGUCCUCGUGGCCGCUUCCAGAAAGCGAACCUUGAAAUCACCUGAAAAUCCCCACGUCGACGAACUCUUCAAUUAUUUGCCGGCCAAGUCUUUGAACUCCAAGCUAGGGCAUACCACGCAAUUCAAGUGUCUCGACAAAGCAGCAAUCGUCACGGGACGUGACGAGUUCAACCCCGAGGGCUCACCGAAACAGCCGUGGAGGCUCUGCAGCGUGCAACAAGUCGAGGAAGUGAAAUGCGUGGUUAGAAUUAUACCCGUGUGGUCGACUGCCAUUUUGUUUCACAUCGCCAUAAUGCAACAGCAGACGUACGGAGUGUUCCAAGCGUUACAAUCCGACCGGCGGUUAUCGACCUCGGGGACGUUCCGUGUACCCGCGGCCACGUACAUUAUCUUCACCAUGCUGGCUCUCACAAUCUGGAUCCCGGUCUAUGAUAGGAUCAUCGUCCCUUACCUCGAGAAGGUUACUGGUAAAGAAGGUGGCAUCACGAUGCUGCAACGCAUGGGGAUCGGCCUCAUCCUCGGCAUCUUUUGCAUGAUCGUGUCGGGGUUGGUGGAAGAGUACAGAAAGCACAUAGCAGCGACGAAGCCAGGGCUCGGGAUCGCUCCAAAGGGCGGCACGAUCUCAUCCAUGUCAGCGAUGUGGCUGGUCCCGCAGCUGGUGCUUACUGGGCUGGCGGAAGGUUUCAACUACAUUGCGCAGGUGGAGUUUUUCUACAAGCAGUUCCCCGAGGGGAUGAGGAGCGUGGCUCAAGCGUGUUUCUUUGCCGGGAAUGCGCUGGCGAGUUACCUUAGUGGGUUUUUGGUGUCUCUUGUUCAUCAUAUUACGAAAGGGAGCAAGCGUGGGGAUUGGUUGCCUGAUGAUUUGAACGAAGGGAAGUUGGAUUACUUUUAUUUCAUGUUGGCUGGGUUAGGGGUGCUGAAUUUGGGGUAUUUUUUGGUUUGUGCUCGGUGGUAUACUUACAAGGGAGAUGGGGAAGGGUUGGGGGAGGUGGAGAUUACUGGGAAGGAAGACACGAAAAAUGUUCAUCUUGCUGUUUAGUUAGGAUGAUUGACUUCAACUUGUGGUUUGUAAAUGUAUUAUUGGCGUUCUUUAUAUUACUAAGCAAAUGCAGUUAAUUAAAUAAGUAAUUAAACAUUGGGUCCAAUCACGAAAUUC